AGGCUUCUCCAAGAAGAGUCACCCAUUCCUGCCCAAAAUAUUUAGGAAAAUGUCUACUCAAUCAGCCAAAGAACGACCCGAAAGUUUGCACUUCCCCUUCCUCGACGACGAAGACACCAUCUCCACGCUCAAAGAGUCCAAAACCUUCUUUAUCCUACGAGGCCUGCCCGGCAGCGGGAAGUCUACGCUGGCCCAGGCUAUCCAAGACCGGUAUAAAGAUGCCUGCAAGGUCAUCUCUGUCGAUAGCUAUAAAAUCACACCUUCCAUUAGGAGCGCCAUUCCUGAAGAGUAUUCCAAGGUGGAUGAGGAUCUAGUUGACUAUUGCAAACGAGACAUCAGCGUUAUCGUUUUGGAUGACACUCACCACGAGAGGGAACGACUGGACCAACUCUUUGAUAUCGCUGACAAAUACCGGUACAAAGUCAUCUUCGCCGAGCCCAAAACCCCGUGGCGACAGGAUUGCUUGCAGCUGAAGGAAAAGAACCAAUGGAAACUGUCAGUGGAAGAGCUGAAGAAGAUGAAGCCCAGCUUGGAGAAGGAAUUCCUACCCAUGUAUUUCGGGUGGUUUUUGAGCAAAAGAAGCUCGGAGAUCCUGCGGAAGGCUGGCCAGGCCUUCUUAGAUGAGCUUGCAAGUCUCAAGGCCUUCAAAAAGGAGAGUAAAUACUUUGCUUCUGCUAUCGAAGACCCCAAAAUCAAAAUCGCUCUCACCAGCUACUUCGUGAAGAGGCCGCCCGGGGUCCUGCACUGCACCACGAAAUACACCGAGUUCGGGAAGGCAGCUGGGGCCGAGGAGUACGCACAGCAGGAAGCUGUGAAGGCUUCAUACGGCAAAGGCUUCACCUUGUCCAUCUCGGCCCUGUUCAUCACAACAAAAACUGUGGGUGCUCGCGUGGACCUGAGCGAGCAGCAGCUGCUGCUGUGGCCUGGGGAUCGACAAGAUCCUGCCCAUGCCGACAAGAUCCUCCCCACCGACAACCUCCCGAAGGGCAGCCGGGCCCACAUCACCCUCGGCUGCGCCAACGGCGUCGAGGCCGUGCAGACCGGGCUGGAUCUGCUGGAGUUCGUGAAGCUGGAAAAGGCAGGGAACAAAGGGGAUGAAGUGGGGGAGAUUGGAGGCGGGAAACUGCUCUAUUUUGAUAACGGGAUGUGGAUGCUCACCCUCUCGAAAAAGAUCGAUGUGAAGGCAAUAUUCUCGGGUUACUACGGGAAAGGGAAACUUGUGCCAACACAGAGCACCAACAAACGGGGCUCUGCUUUUAGCUCUUGCACCAUCAUCUAG